CCAGGUCCUGCGCUCUGAGCUGCUUCGGGCUGUCUUGUGGGUGCAGUUGCUGGCCUUCAACCGCUUCUCCCGACAUACCCCGCUCGAGCCCUAUGUGAAGGUCCAGCUCCUGCUUCACCAAAGGAAGUGGGACAAACGGAAGAGCUCCGUGUGGGGGAAGACCACAGCCACCCCUACUUCAAUGACACCGUCACUUUCCACAUGCCCCUCAGCCAGAUCCAGGCUCUGAGCUCAAGACUUCGCCAUGGGAGAUGAAGAGAAACGCAACAGGGCCAUCACGGCCCGCAGGCAGCACCUCAAGAGCGUCAUGCUGCAGAUCGCAGCCACCGAGCUGGAGCAGGAGGAGAGCCGCAAGCAGGUGGAGAAGCAGACAUACCUGCAGGAGCACUGCCCCCCGCUGCACAUCCCCGGCUCCAUGUCCGAAGUGCAGGAGCUGUGCAAACAGCUGCAUGCCAAGGUGGACGUGGCCGAGGAGGAGAAGUACGACAUGGAGGUGAAGGUUCAGAAAAGCUCCAAGGAGCUGGAGGACAUGAACCAGAAACUCUUCGACCUGAGGGGCAAGUUCAAGCGGCCCCCACUGCGGCGGGUGCGCAUGUCGGCCGACGCCAUGCUGAAGGCCCUGCUGGGCUCCAAGCACAAGGUGUGCAUGGACCUCAGAGCCAACCUGAAGCAGGUCAAGAAGGAGGACACCGAGAAGGAGCGGGACCUGCGGGACGUGGGCGACUGGCGGAAGAACAUCGAGGAGAAGUCGGGCAUGGAGGGUCGCAAGAAGAUGUUCGAGUCCGAGUCCUAA